ACUACGCAUGCGCAGUUGCAAUCCUCCGUCAGAAAUGCGGAUGUGGCUGUAGAGUUAAUAAACUUUUACUCAGCCUGGAAGUUUACGUACAAACUGCUGCAAUGAAACUUUUUAUAGUGGUUUUAUUUUGUGUCUGCUGCUUUGUCACAGCAGAAGAAGACGAGAGGCUGCCGAAUAAAUGCGAAGUGUGUAAGUUUCUGACAGUGGAGCUGCAGGAGGCUCUGGAGAAAACGGGUCGCUCCAAAGAGGUGCUGGAGGUGGGAGAGGUGCUGGAUACAGGCAAGAGGAGGAGGAAGAUCAUAUACAACACCUCUGAAACUCGGCUGACUGAGGCUGUGGACAACAUAUGUGAGCGCAUCCUGCAGUAUAAUGUUCAUGCAGAGAGGCCUGGCAGCCUCCGAUACGCCAAGGGCGCCAGUCAGACCAUGACGACUCUGAAGAACCUGGUCCACAAAGGAGUUAAAGUGGAUUUGGGUCUGCCGUACGAGCUGUGGGACGAACCCUCCGUGGAGGUGUCAGACAUGAAGAAACAGUGUGAGAAGAUGCUGGAGCAGUACGAGGAGGUUGUGGAGGACUGGUACUUCCAUCAUCAGGACCAGAGGCUGCCGAACUUCCUCUGCCAGAAACACGUCCUCAAGCCGUCAGAGCAAGAAUGUAUGACGGAGAUGUUGAAGGGAGACACAGGGACUAAAGGAGGAGCCAAGGAGGCGGACAGUGACGGCACAGAAGAGGAAGGAAAAACACACGACACUGCGGAGCUAUGAGGCAAAAAAUGUCAAGAAGAUAAAUGCAGAAGACAACAGAAUAACCUCAAUUUUGGGCUGCAAAGAGAUUGUGUUUUCUGACACCAUUUUAGCCUUUGACUGUACGUGACAUACAAUCAGUCGUAUAGUUUUACAUUUCUGGUGCCAAAUUAGUGCGAGAAGAUGCUUUAUAGACUUUAGUUUCACAUGAAUGGCACCUGUUGCACCUUUUUAAACACUCAGCCGUUUGAGGCUUGAAGAAUCUCCAGUGUUAUAUUAUGUGUACACGCUGUUACAUGGCUCCUUGGGCAAACUUUAUAUGGUACAUAUCAGUGUUUUUUACCCCAAAUUACAGCCUUUA